AGACGAGACGAGACGAGACAAUGCGAGUGCCGGCCUGCCGGACGCAGCCGGAGGGACCUGGCGAUGGACGAGGGCUUUGAGUGGGCUUAGUCGAUGGAAUGGAGAUGUGCGUGCCCACAGUCCACGGACUUUGCAGGCUCAGUGCAUCUUUUUGAUUCGGCGAUGUGGACGUUUUCCUGGUUCGCCUCGUUGUGGUGAAAAAGGCAAUUGAAGCGAGUGGGGAAAUGCCGGUUCAAGAUCGGCGCUAGAAGGAGGAGGGAUCGACGAGAGUCUCCGAUGGGUCGGUUCCGGAAGGAGGAGGACGAUUCGGUCAUGUGGCCGAAGAUGAGAGUUUCCGCUAGCUUCUUCUUGCUGUGCUUCGUCGUGCUGUUUUGUGAAAGAUCGGAAGCGCAGUUGUCGAAGCCCGUGGCUCAUGAUGACAACAUGAAAGAAGCUGCCGAGGGAAACAAAUUCUUAACCCGAGAAGCGUCCGACGAUUCUCUUCCCGUUCCACAUUUAGACGAGGAAGCAUUGGCAAAUACCCAAUGCCCUCAACAUGUGGAAUUGAGAUGGCAGACAGAGGUCAGCUCCAGCAUCUACGCCACUCCUCUCAUUUCUGACAUCAAUGGGGAUGGUAAACUGGAGAUUGUCGUCCCCACAUUUGUACAUUAUUUGGAGGUGUUAGAUGGUGCAGACGGUGAAAAAUUAUCAGGGUGGCCGGCAUUUCAUCAGUCCACUGUUCAUGCCAGUGCACUGGCGUAUGAUAUUGACAAGGAUGGCAACAAAGAAAUUGCCCUUGCUACAUUCAACGGGGAAGUUUUGUUCUUCAGGUUUGGUGGUUACAUGCUGACUGAGAAGCUGGUCGUGCCUCGACGGAAAGUCCGGAAAGAUUGGUAUGUAGGACUUGAUCCCGAUCAUGUCGAUCGUUCUCAUCCAGACGUUCAUGGUGACGAAUACUUGAACCAUCAUGAUCUGUCCUUGAAUGGUAGCGAGGUGCAUGUGUCACACGGUGGUAAACUUGUGGAUGAAACAGACGAGGAUCAUCAUGAUAUGAUGAAUGGUGCUGGUGACCACGUUGACGACAAAACUACAGGGACCAAGGGUUCAGACUCUUCUCUCAAUACAACUGUCAACGGUGCAGAUGCCCUUAACCACGUUGAAAAUAUCACUGGAGAUACCAAGGGUUCAGACUCUCCUCUCGAUACAACGAACCAUACAACAAGUGGAACUGAACAUGAUACAACCAAAUUGAAGGUUGACUCCACUGUUUCUCAAGAUGGUUUGUCAACUGGAGGCAUAGAUCUACUCGCGGCGAAAGCUGGAGCAGAGAAGCAGGAGCCGAAGGCAAAUACUCGUCGCCGGUUGCAACAAGAAACCAAAGAUGAUAGCGAGAAAGAUGAUGUUGAAAAUAAAACCAACCAAGACGAUGUUGCAACGGCAGAAGAAGAUCAAGACGCGAUGGAAGAAGAAGCAAAAGCUUCCUUUGACGUAUUUAGGGAAGAGGAUGAAAAUGGCGAAGAUGGUCUGACAGAGGAGUAUGACUAUGACUAUGAUGAUUACGUUAAUGAAGGCAUGUGGGACAACAAUGAGUGGGACGAAGGUGCUCAUGAGAAAAUUGAAGACUUUGUCCAAGUUGAUGCACACAUCCUCUGUACUCCGGUAAUUGCUGAUAUCGAUAAUGAUGGAGUUGACGAGAUGGUUGUUGCCGCAUCUUACUUCUACGAUCGUGAGUACUACGAAAUGCCAGAACACGCGAAGGAGCUUGGGGAUCUGGAUUUAGGGAAGUAUGUUGCUGGGGCCAUCGUCGUCUUUAACCUUGAAACGAAACAAGUCAAGUGGGAUACUUAUCUUGACUUGAGUGUUGAUUCUACAACUUAUCGCGCCUAUAUAUACUCUGCUCCAAGCGUAGUGGAUCUUGAUGGCGACGGACAGCUGGAGAUUAUUGUUGGCACGUCGAUGGGUUUUGUAUAUGUCCUUAAUGCUAAUGGAACCUCGAGGAAGGGGUUUCCUCUGCAGAUGGGUGAAAUUCAAGGUCAAGUUGUAGCUGCUGAUGUUAAUGAUGACGGUAAGAUUGAAAUUAUCACUGCUGAUGCGAAGGGCACGGUAGCUGUUUGGGAUGGAGAUGGGAAAGAGCUGUGGGAAGUUCACUUGAAGAGUCUCAUAUCUCAGGGUCCAACAGUGGGGGAUGUAGACGGUGAUGGACACACAGAUAUAGUUGUUCCAACAACCUCUGGAAGCAUUUACGUUUUGAAAGGACAAGACGGUUCACAUGUUGGCCCGUAUCCUUUUCGCACUCACGGGCGCGUGAUGUCCCCUGCACUUUUGGUCGAUCUGAGCAAACGGGGUGCUGAGCGCAAAGGACUGACUAUUGCCAUUGGAUCUUUCGAUGGAUAUUUCUAUCUGAUUGAUGGUCCCACGGGCUGUGCGGAGGCGAUUGACAUCGGGGAGACAACCUAUAGCAUGGUACUCGCAGAUAAUGUGGAUGGUGGUGACGACCUGGACUUGAUAGUUACUACAAUGAACGGAAAUGUGUACUGUUUUCAGACUCCGGCUCCUCACCACCCACUCAAGGCAUGGCCGUCGCAGACGCAAGGCAGGAAUGUACUGGCGAGUCGGCAUCAGCGGGAGGGAAUUUUUGUUGUGCCUCGAUCGCGAGCAUUUCGAGACGAAGCCGGCGACAGCUUCCAUGUAGCUUAUGAGAUUGUAGAUAAAUAUCGCCCGAAUGGGGCGGUCCAAGGGGCCUACCAAGUUAAGGUCACGUUGAUGACUCCUGGAAAUUAUCGAGGUGAAAAGAGGAUUACAUACAACUAUACUCACGACAACCCUGGACUUUACAUAGCCACUUUACCCUGUGUUGCUACACGUACCGGUGGAACUGUCCUGGUGGAGAUGCUUGACAAAAAUUCCCUAUACUUCCAGGAUGAGUUCGCAUUGACCUUUCACAUGCAUUACUAUCGACUUCUCAAGUGGCUUCUGACUUUGCCUCUUUUAGGCAUGACCGGUAUGUUUCUUGUUUUCCGGCCUCAAGAAGGUGCACCUCUUCCAUCAUUUACGAGAGAAAGACAUCAACUCUAGAUAUUGGUGUUUCCCUUAACAACUCACAAAUUCUUUGGAGGCCAUGUAGACAGCUGGGACCUUGCUCGAGGAGAAACACAUCUGAAAAGUGUGUUUCAGCAAGAUGGCCGUAGUUGGUUCCUCAUUUACUCUUUCCUAGACCAUGUUUGGUAGCUAGUAGAUUAUCUAUUCAACCAGAUACAAAGAAACAAAGAUUCAUGUCUCAAGGUAGCCUCAAAAGACUGCGGUGUCAGCUUCCGCCGAUGUAUUUUGUCCUCGCGACUUAUUUCAGCAGUCACGCCGGUAACAAGAAAUGAAAUUUCAACUUAA